GUUUGUUCGCGCGGGCGCCGUGGCGCCUGGCGGGCUGCGCCUUUGUUUCCUUGUGUUAGUUGGCCCGCCCCCCCGGGCCCCUACCUGCUCCGCCGCGCUGGCAUUUGGGGCGCCCCGGAGAUUGCUACCCGCCCAAGCCUGCCCCCGGGCGCCGCCUCGUUUCGCAUGGGUCCAUCAGGAUGGCUGCCGAAGAAGGCGGCACCUUCCUGGAAAACAUAGGGCCCGGGCGUUUUGAUGUUCUCUUGGGCCUGGCGCGCGCGUUGCGCGCGCCAAGCCCGGGAGUGGCCCCGGGAUGGGGCGGGUUUCUUUCCUAUCCCGCGCCGCCUCUGUGGCGCCGUUUUAGUUUGGUUGCCGGCCGCCGGGCGCCCUGUUCCCUAUCUUUCUUUGUGGUGGUGGUGUUGCCCCCCAACUACGGCGAUUAAUUCCCCUUCUGCCUCGGCGAAGAUCUCUGCUUUCCAUCUAUGUCCAGCAUGGAUGCGCGCGCCUUUACGUCCGUGGGUUGACUGUUCGUUGGUUGCGUCCUCUGCAGGCUCGCGCAGCGCAGUUCUCUGUGGUGUUGUUCACGUCAU